AUGGUUGCCUUCUCUCGCAUCACUUUCGCCAUUGCCGUCGCCGGCUUGAGCUCUGCUCAGUCCUUCUCUGGACCCGCUCCCUCCGGUUUCCCGACCGACUUGCCUACCGACUUCCCGAGUGGUGCCGCACGCCCGACUGGUGGUUUCGGUGGUGGGCCAAGGCCCUCUGGCACCGGCGUCGUUGGUGCUCAGCGCGCUCAGCAGAGCGGCAACGCUCCUUUCCCAAGUGGUGGUGAUUUCUCUGGCUUCCCAAGCGGUGCUGCGAGACCCACUGGUCACCACAGCCCCGGCGGAAAGGGCAUGCCUAGUGGAAAACCUAGCGGAGCUGUUCCUACCGACUUCCCCUCUGCAGCCUCUGACCUCGAGCGCCGCCAACAGCCAACUGGUCUGCCUGGUUCCUCUGGCAGCUCCCCUGGUUCCUCUGGCAGCUCCCCUGGUUCCUCUGGCAGCUCCCCUGGUUCCUCUGGCAGCUCCCCUGGCUCCUCUGGCAGCUCCUCUGACUCCUCUGGCAGCUCUCCUGGCUCCUCUGGCAGCUCUCCUGAUUCCUCUGGCAGCUCCCCUGGAACUCCUCCCCUACUGGCGCUCGUCCGUCUGGCUCGCCUCCAUCCGGCACUCCUCCUUCUGGUACCCCUCCUGCUGCUCAUUUCAACGCUGCCGCUCAAUCUGGUGUACCUUCAGGCGCUCGUCCCACUGGUGCUCGCCCAUCUGGCAUGCCCAGCGGUCCCGUUCCUUCGGGAGUUCGCCCUACAGGACCUCCUCCCUCCGGUAUGCCCAGCGGCCCUGCGCCUACUGGCUUCGUCACCUCCACCAUCCGUGGCGCAUAGAUUGCCACUCAAGCAUUCGGUAUUGGGGACGAGAUCCUUGUUGACUUCAGCUGACAAGACCGGAUCUCGACUCAUUAAGCAUAGCAUUGAGCUGAAGGUUCUUGUACUUUUUGCUUUCUAUUGA